UGCCUUUGUGUGCGCGAGGCUCUCUGUGAGCGGCGGUUCUUCAAGUGAGAUAUCGGUUCGUUUCUGAGCGCUGUUUGAGUUUGUCUGGGCUGUUCAAACAUAGCCUGGCUGACUGGGACUGGGGUGAACCGGUAGAAGGCACGUUAAACCUCGGAGUUUAUUCACACACGCGCGAUCAGAAGGAAAAUAACGGAGAAAUAUCGAAUAUCGGACUUUUCCCUUUCGUCUUACCCAUCUAUCAUUCUCUCGUCCUCUCUAUCCGUGGAGAAUCUGACCAACCCAACAACCCAAACAACCUGAUGUGUGUGUAUAUGUGUUUUGGGGGCGUAAAACAACUGGCAGCGCGUGAAGAUGGAUUAACGUUUGAACGGAAAACUGGAGCAGCACGCUAGACCUCGGCGAGGGGGGAGGGCAAGACGGGCCUCUGCUAACACACACAACCCGCGGGACAGAGACUCUGAUUGGACCAACACCAGGAUGAUGUCGUCACCAAAAGCCAAGACCAAGAAGAAACCUUCCAAAGACAGGAUGACACUUCUACCAUGCUUCUACUUCAUAGAGCUCCCCAUCGUCCUCUCCUCCCUUGUCUCUCUCUACUUCAUGGAGUUGACAGACCUGUUGUCUCCGGCGACCCCUGGGUUCCAUUGCUAUGACCGGGACCUGUCGUUGCCCUACCUGGAGACAGGAGACGAACUGAUCCCUCUGCUGAUGUUACUGAGCCUGGCCUUCGCAGGACCGGCUGCCUCGAUCAUGCUGGGUGAAGGGCUGGUGUAUUGUUACCAGUCCAGAGUCAAACUGAGUAAAGCUGAUGGGUGUAACUUCAACUCCUUCCUACGGAGGACUGUUCGCUUUGUUGGUGUUCAUGUGUUUGGUCUCCUGGCAACAGCCCUAAUGACAGACAUCAUCCAGUUGGCUACUGGUUAUCCCACCCCUUUCUUCCUGACUGUCUGUCAGCCCAAUUACACGCUGCCUGGGAUAUCAUGUGACCAGAACAAUUUCAUCACACAGGACAUCUGCUCUGGGAAAGAUCUGUAUGCCAUCCUGUCAGCCAGGAAAACAUUUCCGUCCCAGCAUGCAACGCUCUCUGGCUUUGCUGCUGUCUACAUUUCUAUGUAUUUGAACAGUGUGAUCAGCAGUAGUACUAAGCUGGUGAAGCCGGUGCUGGUGUUUGGAUACUGUCUGGCUGCGGGUAUAGCCGGACUGACUCAGAUCACACAACACCGCUGCCAUCCCAGAGAUGUCUAUGUCGGCUAUGCCUUAGGAGCUGGCAUAGGAGUCUACCUGUCUCUGUAUGCAGUAGGUAACUUCAGGUCAUCCGAGGAGGACUGCCUCCCCCAGCCUGUCCGGAGGGCUGCGUCCCCCCCCCAGCAGCAGAGGGAGGUGGUGGUGAGGGGAAGAGCCCAGAGAGGUCAUGCUUCUCAGCACGGCUCUCUGUACCGCAGCAAGACACCCAGACCCUCAGACAGCAGGGAGGAACUGGGCACUGGACGCUGCAAGGUUCGUAGGGAGAAGGCCAGCGUAGCAUCUCUGAAGAGGGCCAGUGCUGACGUGGAGCUCCUGGCACCCCGCGGCACCAUGGGAAAGGAAACCAUGGUAACAUUCAGCAAUACCUUACCCCGCGUCGCCAACGGCAGCAGCAGCACCUCGCCCCCCGGAGACGACCCCUCCAACCAGCGGCACAUGACCUUCCACCUGUCCUUCGACCCCCGCAGGUCACAACCAAGGCUGCGACCACCGCUGGUGCAGGAGUGGAGACAGCAGCGCUCUGUGGAGAGACGGAGCGAGGAGGAGGGAGAGACGGACACAUCUGGAGGAGAGGGAGGAGCAGGAGGAGGGGGCGAGGCAGGGGAGACAGGGGUGAUGAAUCCUCCCUCCCUCUAUCCGACAGUACAGUCGGCCAAUCGAGCCCUUGCCACGGCUACCCCAGCGCCAGCCCCACUGGUGCAUAUCCCUAAGGAGGGGAUUAGACACCCCCCUACUGUCUCCCCUCUACCUCCUUCUGUCUCCUCUCUACCUCCCCCUGUCUCCCCUAAGAGCGCGGUGACGCGUGCCAAGUUGAUGUCACUCAGCCAGGGAGGGGAACGAGUCAGGGAGGGGCCUAUCCCUGUGACGACUCCGCGUGUGCCCAAUCAGCCGCCCAAUCAGCCGCGAGUGGCGCAGGUCAUUGCCAUGUCCAAACAGCACGGACCAAUCUGCUCCUCUGCCAAGGGCUCUGACUCCGCCUCUUCCUGUGGAGGAGGGUCUUCAACAGGAAGCUCUGAGUCUCCGUACUACCGGGUCCCCUCUGACCAUGACAGCAACACCGGGAGCGUUACCGGGAGUAUUGUCACCAUAGACGCUCACGCCCCUCAUCACCCUGUGGUCAGGGUGUCUAGCAGUGUUAGUACCGGGAGUAACGGGACCCUGGGGGCCAGAGUAACAGCUGCCGGUAACGGGACCCCCUGGGAGCGGAGGAACACCACCAGCGGGAGCGUCGGUGAGCAGGGCCAGAGGGGGGCGCUGCAGCGCCAGGAGAAAGUCUCCGCACCGGACUAUCGGGAAUACCGAACACUUCCUGUGAAAUCAGACUCUAUCUGCUCCUCCUCGCCCAGCGAGACCGAUUCCUCCACCCUGCCUCCCCCUCCUCACCCCAUCUCCUCUCCACUCCCUCCCUUCUCUUCCUCCACCCUACCUCCGCCUCCUCAGCCCACCUCCCCUCCCCCUGCCUCCCCCUUCUCCCCCUUCUACUCCCCCUCCCUCCCCCUCCUCCCCCUUCUACUCCCCCUCCCUCCCCCUCCUCACCCAGAUCUGCUGUUGGACAGUUACUCCCCCCCCUCCCCCGCUCUAUGACCCUCCCCCGCCGGCCCACUGUCUCAGCCCACAGCCGCGCUGAUCAAGAAGUCUAUUACAAGACCAUGCAGACAGAGAGGAGAUUAUAAUGCGACAUAGAGGGGUUAUAAUAGACAGUAACACUAGUAAAAACAGACUACGAGGUUAGAAGAGAACAUAGGGGAACUUAUAGAGCAAGAGGUUAUAAGACGACAUAGAGCAGUUAAUAUAGACAGUAGUACCACUAGGUAACCAUACAGUCAGGGGCCGUAAUUAAAUGUGACACCGUUUGGGGAGACCUAACAGUCAGGAGAACUACUACAUGACUUAAAUGAGUGAGAGGAGGUUAUGAGACGACUUAGGACUUGUAAUAUAAUGGAGGUUAUAACUUGGCGUAGAGGAGUCACAAUGAUCCAGAACACUACUUCAAUACUGAGAAAGGGUCCAGAUGGAAACAGACAAAUAGCUGAUCUACAAGACACUGCAGAGUAAGACUUGGGAGGACUGUUAAGUCAACGUCUAACAGUAGUGGAGGUUAUAACGCAACAUAGAACACUGCUAAGUCAGGGUCUAACAGUGGAGGUGGAGCGUGUCUGACUGAAGGUCUUCAGGAGCAUGGAGACUGGAUCACUAAAGACAACAGAAACAAUAGCAGCUCUAGUGGUUGGUUUACCACCUUCUACUAUCUGACUAGAAUACUUUUCCAGUCUACUGACUAUACUCACCAGCUGUACUAUACUGUAUAUAGGAUCUCUCUCAGGUUUCCAUUCCACUGACUUACUGUAGAGACGAAGAAGAGGAGGGGAAAAGGAGGAAGGGAAGUGAACAUCUUGGAGAGGAUUACUACAGAAAACAAAGAGGGGGAGACAAAGACUGGAGGGAACAUUUGGCUUAACAAUGUGAACAGAUCCAUACACACACACAGCUGUGGGAAGUGGUUUGGUGGUGGGGGUCUGCGCUACAGACCGCUAACACAGUGCACUACUUUUAGGAAAAUUGAAAAUUAAGGAUUUUAGAUUUUAUUUUUUAUUCAGAUUUUUAGUAGCACCCCUACUACCCGUGGCUACACACACACACACACACACACACACACACACACACACACACACACACACACACACACACACACACACACACACACACACACACACACACACACACACACACACACACACACACACACACACACACACACACACACACACACACACACACACACACACACACACUAACGCACACAGACACACUAACGCACACAGACAGACUCAACCAAUCACCUCCAAUUGUAUACAAUUACAUGCAAUAAUAUACAUUAUUUUUAAGCUCAUUUGUUGCUAAUCAAACCACCACUGACAACACAAUAAGAUAAAUGGUGACUAAAGACUGUAUAGACUUGUGGGUGUGGUCUGUGUGCAUCGGUUGCCUAGCAGCAGAAUGACUUGUUCUGUAGUGGAUAUCCUCUUUUGAUAAUAGAACUGUUGAAUACUGGUGUUAGUCUGCAUGUGUAUGUAUGUGUGUGAGGGUGUGUUUGUCUUGCAUGUGUGUUUCUGUGUGUGAAUGAGUGUGUUCUACUUCAUUGUGUUUCUAUGAACUUGCAUUAUGACUUCUAAGAAACAGAAAUGCUGCAUUUUCCAGAGAUGUCAUUCAUUUACCUUUUUGUCUUUAUUACCAAUGUAAAUACUAAUAUUAUAUUACUGUCCUUUUUCAUGGGCUACUGUUUUUUUAAACUUGUGUUUCCAGGUAAUGGUUAUAAACUCCUUGACUC